AUGGGUGAUGAGGAGAUUACUUAUACAACUGUGAGAUUCCCUAAGUCUUCAGACUUGCAGAACCAAAGAAGGGCUGAUGAUCAGCAAGGGCCCAGAGAACCUGGCCACAGAGAAUCUUCAGUCCCUUGGCACUUCAUUGCAAUACCUCUUGGAAUUCUUUGUUCCAUUCUGCUGGUGACAGUUGCAGUGUUGGUGGCAUACAUUUUUCAAUAUAGUCAAGAAAAUCAUGAACUACAGAAAAAUCUAAACAACGCUGAUCAGAGGAAUACUACCAUGCAGAAUAACAGCUGCUUAAAUGAAACAUUGAGAAAAGAUUUGAAAUCCAGUUAG